AUUUUGAAGGAAGGUGAGAGGGAAGCAAUGGAGGAUGAGAAAAGCAAGAAGAGUAGAGUGAAAGAUGAAAAAGUGUCAUUUUACAAGCUUUUCUCGUUUGCUGACAAAAACGACAUAGUUUUGAUGACUGUCGGGACCAUCUCCGCCGUGGCCAAUGGCUUAACUCAGCCGCUUUUGACUCUACUAUUUGGCCAGCUCAUCAACGCAUUUGGCUCCUCUGAAAUCUUUCAAGAAGUCUCCAAGAUUGCAGUGAAGAUUCUUUACCUUGCGGUGUAUGCAUGUGUCUUCUCUUUUCUGCAGGUUUCAUGUUGGAUUGUGACUGGAGAGCGUCAAUCCUCCAGAAUUCGCAACCUAUACCUGAAGACGAUAUUAAGACAAGACAUUGAGUUCUUCGACACUGAGACAAACACAGGAGAAGUCAUCGGAAGAAUGUCUGGAGACACCAUUUUGAUUCAAGAAGCCAUGGGAGAAAAGGUCGGGAAAUUUAUACAACUAAUAUCAACCUUCAUUGGUGGAUUUGUGGUUGCUUUUAUAAGAGGAUGGGAACUCACUUUGGUUCUUAUGGCGUGCAUUCCUCUAAUUGUGGCCGUUGGUGCAACAAUGGCACUGACCAUGUCUAAAAUGGUUGGGAAUAGACAAGCCGCUUACGGGGAAGCUGGAAACGUAGUAGAAAAAGCCGUAGGUGCCAUUAGAACAGUGGUAGCGUUCACGGGGGAGAAACAAGCGAUAGACAAAUACAAUAGAAAGCUCGAGAUUGCUUAUAAAACUACGGUUAAACAAGGGCUAAUCUCGGGUCUAGGCCUCGGGGCUAUGUUGUUUGUGAUCUUCUCUAGCUACGGUUUCGCGGUUUGGUACGGUGCCAAGUUAAUAACGGAGAAAGGUUACAAUGGUGGACAAGUCAUGAACGUGAUUUUUUCGGUCCUUACUGGUGGGAUGUCAUUGGGCGAGACAUCUCCGUGUCUUAAUGCUUUUGCUUCUGGACAAGCUGCAACUUUCAAAAUGUUCAAGACAAUCAAGAGGAACCCAAAGAUCGAUGCUUAUGACGCGAGCGGUGUAGUCUUAGAGGAGAUUCGAGGUGACAUCGAGUUGAGAGACGUGCAUUUUCACUACCCGGCGAGACCUGACGUGCCGAUUUUCUCUGGAUUCUCCUUGUUUGUACCAAGCGGCACGACUAUGGCUCUGGUGGGGCAGAGCGGGAGUGGGAAGUCUACAGUGAUCAGUUUGAUUGAAAGAUUCUAUGAUCCAAUUUCAGGGGAGGUGCUAAUAGAUAACAAUGAUUUAAAGAAACUUCAACUAAAAUGGAUCAGAAGCAAGAUUGGUCUUGUAAGCCAAGAGCCUAUACUCUUCGCCACAACAAUAAAAGAGAACAUUGCAUAUGGAAAAGAAGACGCAACUAAUCACGAGAUUAAAACCGCGACUGAGCUCGCUAACGCAUCUCAAUUCAUUGGGAAUUUUCCAGAGGGGUUAGACGCAAUGGUAGGAGAGAAUGGGACACAAUUAUCUGGUGGACAGAAACAGAGGAUCGCUAUCGCGAGAGCGAUUCUGAAAAACCCGAAAAUCCUUCUUCUAGAUGAAGCUACAAGUGCUUUAGAUGCAGAAUCUGAACACAUUGUUCAGGAUGCGCUAGUGAACCUAAUGGCUAAUCGAACCACUGUCGUGGUGGCUCACAGGCUGACCACUAUAAGAACAGCAAACACGAUAGCUGUUGUGCAAGAGGGAAAAAUCGUCGAGAAAGGAACUCACGAGGAGAUGAUUAAAGAUCCAGAGGGAGCGUAUUCACAACUUGUUCGUCUACAAGAAAGAUCAAAAGAAGGAACAAGAAUCAAAGAACCAGAAAGUUAUGACAUUGAUAUGUCAGUUGGUCGAACCGGAAGUUAUAGGCUCUCAUCAACGGUGAGUAAGAACACUAUGAGAAGUCGCUUGAAUGAUGAACACCACGAGGGUAGCUCUUACGAAAAGAAAACCGCUGAAAAGAAGCGCGAGAAAGUAUCGUUGAGACGGCUUGCUCACCUCAAUAAGGCAGAGAUUCCGGUUCUGUUGCUUGGUUCAGUGGCUGCUAUGGUUCAUGGCACAAUGUUUCCAGUCUUUGGUUAUCUACUAUCAAGCUCCAUCAACAUGUUCUUUGAGCCUGCUGAUAAAUUGAAGAAAGAUGCACGUUUCUGGACGCUCAUUUACAUCAUACUUGGUUUGGUCAAUUUGGUAGCAGUUCCAAUCCAAAACUAUUUCUUCGGUAUCGCCGGGGAAAAACUGAUCAAACGCAUCAGAUUGAUGACGUUUGAUAAAGUCUUACACCAAGAGAUUAGUUGGUUCGAUAAUACCUCAAAUUCUAGUGGUGCUAUUGGAGCGAGGUUGUCAACGGAUGCUUCAACAGUGAGAAGUCUAGUUGGUGAUGCUUUGGCUUUGAUCGUCGGAAGUAUAACGAAUGUUACCGCUGGUUUGGUAAUAGCGUUUGUGGCUAAUUGGAUGCUAGCUCUCAUUGUCCUUGCUGUUUCACCGAUUAUAUUUAUCCAAGGAUACCUUCAGACUAAGUUUCUCAGCGGUUUUAGCGAAGAUGCAAAAAUGAAGUAUGAAGAGGCAAGCCAGAUUGCAAAUGAUGCCGUGAGCAGCAUAAGGACGGUAGCAUCCUUCUGCGCGGAGAAAAAAGUGAUGAACUUAUAUGAGAAAAAAUGCGAGGGACCGAAGAAACAAGGUGUUCGGUUAGGAAUCGUGAGCGGUUUGGGUUACGGUUUCUCAUUCUUUGCUCUCUAUUGCAUCAAUGCGUUAUGUUUCUAUAUCGGUUCAUUGUUGAUACAACAUGGGAAAGCCACCUUUCGAGAAUUCUUCAUCGUUUUCUUUGCACUAACGGUCACGGCAAUAGGAAUAUCUCAAACGAGUGCGAUGGCGCCUGACAUGACCAAAGCCAAAGACUCCACAGCUUCAAUUUUUGAUAUUCUUGAUAGUAAACCGAAGAUCGACUCGAGUUCAGAUGAAGGAACAACGUUAGAAAUUGUUAAGGGCGACAUCGAGUUCCAGCACGUCAGCUUCCGUUACCCGACGCGGCCAGACGUUAAUAUUUUCCUAGAUUUGUGCUUGACUAUCCCCUCCGGCAAGACCGUUGCAUUGGUGGGAGAGAGCGGGAGUGGGAAAUCGACGGUGAUAAGCAUGAUUGAGAGAUUCUAUGACCCGGAUUCAGGCAAGAUACUUCUAGAUCAAGUCGACAUUCAGACAUUUAAAUUGAGUUGGCUAAGACAACAAAUGGGUCUGGUUAGCCAAGAACCAAUUCUCUUCAAUGAGACAAUUAAAUCAAACAUUGCUUAUGGAAAAACCGGAGGAUUUACUGAGGAAGACAUCAUAUCCGCAGCGAAAGCAGCCAAUGCACAUAACUUCAUCAGCUCAUUACCUGAGGGGUACGAGACGUCUGUAGGAGAACGCGGCGUUCAACUUUCAGGUGGUCAAAAACAGAGAAUUGCUAUCGCUCGUGCGAUUCUUAAAGACCCUAAGAUUCUUUUGCUAGACGAAGCGACAAGCGCAUUGGAUGCGGAGUCUGAGCGGGUGGUGCAAGAUGCACUUGAGAGGGUUAUGGUGAACCGAACCACAGUAGUGGUGGCUCACCGGCUUAGUACGAUCAAGAACGCAGAUGUGAUUGCAGUUGUUAAAAAUGGUGUGAUUGCGGAGAAAGGAAGACAUGAGAGGCUCAUGAAGAUUUCUGGUGGUGCGUAUGCUUCGCUUGUAGCGCUUCAUAUGAGUACCAACUGAGACUAACCAGCUAUGUGAUCGCUUAAUGUGUUUUACCUUUUUUACUUAUGUUUCUUGUGUGUUGUUUGUUUGAUUGUACUCUAGCUGUUUUGGCAUUUGUUAUGAACUCAUUCCGAAAGUUUUUUUUUUUUUACAUUGAAUCUAUAACUAAACUCCAACAUAGUUGGAUUUACUUGGCAUAAGUGAGUUGGAGGAAUUAGACAUAAAGGAUGUCAAAAUUU